AUGCGUCUGUCUCUGCUUCUGACCAUUUUGCCCGUUGUCCUCGGUGCGCCGACGGUCAAGCGCGACGAGCCUGCUCCUCUGCACGCCGCCAAGGCGGGCGGCAAGGUGAUUCCCGGCAAGUACAUUGUCAAGUACAAGGAGGGCAGCACGCUCGCCACGCCCGAGGGCCGCAUGGGCAUCAUGGCCGACCAGGCCGACCACGUCUACAGCGACGUGAUGCACGGCUUUGCCGGCUCUCUCGACAAGGCCGCCCUCAAGGAGCUCCGCAACCACCCCGAUGUCGAGUACAUUGAGCAGGACAGCAUCAUCAGCCUCUCGGGCUACACCACCCAGCAAAACGCCGUCUGGGGCCUCACGCGCAUCUCGCACAAGCGCAACGGCGCCAGCGGGUACACGUACGACACGAGCGCCGGCGCGGGCACCUGCGUGUACGUGCUCGACACGGGCGUCGACGCCUCGCACCCGGACUUUGGCGGCCGCGCCAAGCAGAUCAAGAGCUUCAUCAGCGGGCAGAACAGCGACGGCCACGGCCACGGCACCCACUGCUCCGGCACCAUCGGCAGCACCACGUACGGCGUCGCCAAGAAGACCAACGUCUACGGCGUCAAGGUCCUCGACAACCAGGGCUCCGGCGCCUACUCGGGCAUCAUCGCCGGCAUGGACUACGUCGUCUCCGACUCGCGCAACCGCCAGUGCCCCAAGGGCGUCUUUGCCAGCAUGAGCCUCGGCGGCGGCUACUCGGCCGCCAUCAACGACGCCGCCGCCAAGCUCGUCAGCAACGGCGUCUUCCUGGCCGUCGCCGCCGGCAACGAGAACCAGGACGCCAACAACGUCUCCCCUGCUUCCGAGCGGAGCGCUUGCACCGUCGGCGCCUCCACGGCCCAGGACGCCCGCGCCAGCUUCUCCAACUACGGCAGCGUCGUCGACAUCUUUGCCCCCGGUGCCAACAUUCUCUCUCUCGCCCCCGGCGGUGGCACUGCUACCAUGUCUGGCACCUCCAUGGCUACUCCUCACAUUGCUGGUCUCGCUGCUUACAUUGCCGGUCUCGAGGGUGGCUCCGGCGGUCAGAUCUGCGGCCGCCUCCAGCAGCUCGCCACCCGCAACGUCCUCAGCGGCAUUCCCGGCGGCACCAUCAACGCGCUUGCCUUCAACGGCAACCCCUCUGGCUAA